AUUAAUAGAGGAAGAAAAAGGCAGCUGACCGGCGAUCAUAGUAAGAAGCGGAACCUUAAUGUGACUGAGGUCUGCAGUCGGAACUCUAAAGUGUGACACCCAGCCGUUGCUUUGUCUUGUGGCAGUGCAGAUAAUUCAUUUAACUAACUACGGCUUGUAAUUAAGCAACAAUGUCUUCAGUUGAGAAUUUGAGAGAGUUUGUCAACGAGCGACUAUCAGCUGCUGCUGAAGAAAUAUUCGGAGUUUUUAAAAGAACCGUCGUCGAGUACCAGGAGGAGAUCGACCGGCAGCGCAGACUGUUGGAUGUGUUUUGGAAACCCGAAGUGAGGUUACACAGGAUAGAGCUCCCACAGUCACGUGUCUGUAAGGAGGAGGAGCUUCUCUCUGAGCAGCAGCUCUGUCUCCAGGAGAGGAAGCCCAGUCUGGACCAAGAGGACCCAGAUCCUCCAGAGAUUAAAGAGGAACAGGAGGAACUCUGCACCAGUCCAGAGGGAGAGCAGCUUGAACCGAAGCAGGAGGCCUUUACGUUGACUCCUACUUGUGAGGAAAGAGGCCACGGUGAAGAUCAACUUCUGGACUCGUGUACUGAUGAAACUGAGAGUGUGGUACAGGAAACAUCUCUAGAAUACAUUUCUGUUGAAAGCACCGCUGUAGUUGAACUAAACAAUGACCACCAGCUUCUCUCUCACAAUCCUCAUGAAUCUGAUGGCCGAGAUCAGAAAGGAGUAAAACUUAGUUUAACAUCAAACAAGGAACCAGCUCCUUUGGAUGAGAAGCCGUUUUUGCGAGAUUGUGGGAAAUACUUUCAACUUAAAAAUAGCUUGUUGGGCCACGUGAGAAGAACCCACAGAGUUGAUGAACCAUAUGUAUGCAACACCUGUGGGAAAAGAUUCCCUCAUGAAUCCGUACUCAAGGCCCAUAAAAGAGUCCAUAGUGAUGAGAAACCCUUUUCUUGUGAACUAUGUGGAAAAGAAUUCAGAUAUAAUAGUGAUUUAAAAGCCCACAUGAAAGUUCACAAUGGGGAAAGGCCGUAUUCCUGCACCACCUGUGGGAAAACGUUCUCUCGGCCAUCACAUUUAAAGGCUCAUAUAAGACUUCAUAGUGGGGAGAAGCCAUUUUCCUGCAUCACCUGUGGGAAAACAUUCACUCAGAAAUCACAAUUGAAGUGUCAUACAUCAACCCACACAGGGGAAAGGCCGUAUUCUUGCAACACCUGUGGGAAAAGAUUCUCUUAUGAAUCAGUACUCAAGGCCCAUAAAAUAGUCCACAGUGAAGAGAAACCCUUUUCUUGCAAAACAUGUGGAAAAUAUUUCAAAUGUAGUUAUAGCUUAAAAGCCCACAUGAAAGUUCACAAUGGGGAAAGGCCGUAUUCCUGCACCACCUGUGGGAAAACAUUCACUCAGUCAUCAAAUUUGAAGUCUCAUGUAAGAACCCAUAGUGGGGAGAAGCCACAUUCCUGCACCACCUGUGGGAAAAAAUUCACUCGGUCAUCAAAUUUGAAGUCUCAUAUAAGAAUUCAUAGUGGGGAGAGGCCAUAUUCCUGCAUCACCUGCGGGAAAACAUUCUCUCGGACAGCACGUUUAAAGCGUCACGUAAGAAUCCACACUGGGGAGAAGCCAUAUUCCUGAAAUCACUACUGAAGUUCAUACAAGAAUCCACACUGGGGAAAGGCCCUAUUCUUGCAAUCCAUUCACUCACAAAGAACAUUUGGAGUCUCAUAAGAAUUCGAAAUGGGGAGACGUCAUAUUCCUGUAAAAAAUAUAUGAAAGAGGUUUCAAAAAUUCUAGUAACUUAGUUUUUCUCAGUUGCUUUAUUACAUUUCUCAGAUUAAAAUUUAAAUGAUCAAAACUA